GCAAGAUCUUGAGUCAAUCGUUCAUACACGUUAGAAAACAACCAGCAAUUGCCAGUCGGAAGGGGAAAAGAGGCAGCCGCGUGCAAGCAGCAGUCAUAUAGGCAGGCAAGGGACUAGCGCAAAGGUGGAGGGAAGAGGCGAGAAAGUGGUUGGGAGUGGGAGGGAAGAGAGGAGAAAGUGGUUGGGUGUGGGAGGGAAGAGAGGAGAAAGUGGUUGGGCGUGGGAGGGAAGAGGGAAGAAAGUGGUUGGGGGUGGGAGGGAGAGCGGAGUGCAGUUGAAAAUAGACCUUUAGCGAAAAAGGGCAGAGAGGGUUUGCCACAGAGUGUGGAUUUUUUUUUUUUUGUUCUUCCCUCUUUUUGUUUUUUUGUGAUUGGAAGUGGGAAGUGAUGUUUUGUUGUUUUAAGGUAUAUAUCUCACUGGCGAGUCAGACUGUCAUUUUGUUGGUCACAGAACUCGCUUGUUGCGUGGUGAGUGGUGAGUGGGAGGAGAGGAGUCCGAAGGAGGGAGAGAAGAGUUGGCAGUGGCUGUUUUGGGACCGGUUUUGGGGCAAAAGAGGCUUGGCCAUCAGGGAGCAGCAGCUCCAAAUAACUGGGAAGAAUGUGGUUGAAUCAAGCUUGAAUGAAUGGCUAGAUUCAGAUCUAUAUGUCGACAUAUGAUGUGCCCAGUGUAAGGUUGAGCGGCCAGCACAGCAGAAAGGACAGUGGAGGGGAGCUACGACGGAGGCAAUGAUAGAGAGAGAGAGAGAGANAGAGAGAGAGAGAGAGAGAGAGAGAGAGAGAGAGAGAGAGAGAGAGAGAGAGAGAGAGUCCCUUUUCAGUCGGGGAUGGAGGGAGGGAAAGAACUCAUCACCAGAUGAUGGCUACCGUCUUCACCCGAAUAGAACUCCCGGUCAUUAUAGCUGUAUUUGGCACAACUUUCAGCCCAGAUAUGGCAAUAAUCACCGGGCGUUCUAUUCGGGUGAAGACGGUAGUAGUCGUCGUUCCUGUUUUGGAAAUUUCAUCUUGUGAUCUAUGAACCCUACUUUUCCCGUGUAUAGGUUGUAUCGUCAGAUGGUGGUAUGUGCUGCCAUUUUCGGCAUUGGUAUACGUGCGCAGUAGCAGGCAUUGCUCAAAGGACGGCGAUAGUUGGGAAGGACAGAAAGGAUUCUGAGAGCAGGCAAGCUUUAGCACUCGCCAUGUACCUUGUUGGCGACCAGAUAUGCAGUCAAGGAGUGUAAGUCCUUUGUGUAUUCGCAGAUGACAGGGUACAAAUGUAGGCGCUUAGAAGAGUCGGCGAUUUAGGAUGAGGAGGAGGAGGAGGAGGAGGAGGAGGGGGGUGCAUGUGCAGGUGACCUGGUGACAGUGGUGAGGAGAUAUAGGAGGAGGAUUGUUUUGAGUAUGUGGACAGUCCAACCCGUGCCCUUUCGUCUGGCAGGCCGAUUAGCUGUGGAGGGGAGUCGCGUGCAGGGAGGGGAGGAGGGGGGGAGGAGAGGGGGGGGGAGUGGGAGAAGAGUUGGAUCAGAUUUGAAGCCUGUUCUGUGUUUUUGCUUGCUUGACAACAGGCUGGGAUAUUAUGACUCUUAUGAGUUUGAUGCCUUAUCGAUUGGGGUGCUGCCUAGCGCAGUGGGUACACCCAUGAGCUGUUGAAAUUUUAGACCUGAGUUCGAAUCCAGAUCGGAGUGGAUGAACGAGUUCUGAAAUGCAUGGCGCCGGUCAGUUCCUCGUUGAUAUCGCAAGGCCGGUGCUCUUUUAAAGGAUUUGGGCGCUGGCAUUUCAACUGGGAAGUGGUGGUUGGAGACAGUGGUGGCUUAACUGUGCUUGGGGCUGGUCUUCAGCAAACGAGCUUUUGGGCAUGAGGUUUUUGGGACCCUUUUUGGGAGCGGUUUCAGGUUGUACUGGUACUGGGACUGGGUUUGGGUGCUGGAGUUUGGACUUGGAAGUUUUCUUGGAGGAAGUUUUCUUGGAAGAUUCUUGGGGAGAAAGUAGUGGUGGUCUAUCUCAGAGGAGGUUUGGGCUUUGGACCGGUCUAGUUCAGAUGAGGUUUUGGGACGGGUUGUGGGACCAGUUUUAGGACCGUCUUUGAAAGGGACUGCUUUUGGGACUCUAGGUGUUUGGGACCUUUGGGACGGGUUGUGGGACCAGUUUUAGGACCGUCUUUGAAAGGGACUGGUUUUGGGACUAGGUGUUUGGGACCUUUGGGAUGGGUUGUGGGACCAGUUUUAGGACCGUCUUUGAAAGGGACUGGUUUUGGGACUCUAGGUGUUUGGGACCUUUGGGAUGGAUGCACUGGAGUUUCAAACUGUGAAGAUGCUUGGAGAAGGUGGCGGCCUAGCUGGGUGUCUAUGAUGGACUCUGAGAUGGUGGAUUCGUCAGUGGAAAUUUGUGAUGCUACACGUAGUGCUGCCAUUUGCGCCCGUUGGAUUGGUGGACUCUGAGAUGAUAGAUUCGUCGGCAGAAAUUUGUGAUGCUACACGUAGUGCUGCCGUUUGGGGCCGUUGGAUUGGGGCCAUGGGAGCGAGCGACCAGAUCUGGCCGUCUAGACCAUGGAGCCAGACGGGCGGCAGGGUCUCCGAUGGUCGGACGAUGAUUAUCUUGUGUAUGAGCUCAUGCUGAAGUGGUGAAGCGAGUGCUAAUGAAGCCAGUGCUAAAAGUGUUAGUCGAAGAUUUACGAUUAUAGGUAGUGUCUCUCGGAGUCCGCUGCAUGGAAAUUCUUGAUCGGGAAAGUUUGCAGCUGGCUGAGAGAUUCUGAAACACCGUUCGAGGGGAGAUGCGGAUGGUCGUCUCCCAAGUAGGAUAUUAAUGGCCUUGGAAGGAAGACACAGAGAGAGAGAGAGAGAGGGAGAGAGAGAGAGAGUAUAAAUAGCGCUGAUCUGCAAGGAUUCGGUUAUGAAGUCCUGAAGAUCAGCUAGCUGUUUCUAGAACUUUCUACUCCAAAAGUCUCCAGCUCAUAGCUAUUCUUUUGAGUCUUGAUAGUUUUCUACUUUUGUUUUCCUAAAAAGGAAUCUGCUUUUGAUUUUUUAUCAAAGUGUAUCUUUUGAAAUAUCAAUUCUUUUAGGAGAUGGAUGUGAUCUUCUUUCGGUUGACGAAGAAGAGAAUUCUCAUCAAGAGCAGCACUGAGAUAUGCUGUUUGUUAGCAAAGCAAAAAUGCCUGCUGUGUUAAAUACGACGCGGAAGAGUCUUGUGAGAGAUCUGGAGGUAUUUCCACCUGAAGAAAUGCAUGAAGAGCGCGUCGUGAGUUCAAGCAGCACUCCCUGGAGCAGCGACACCACAUCAUCAUGAAAUGGAAAAGCCGAGACUCGAGACUGGACGGCAGCUCCUCUUCGUGUGGGCACGAAAUGUGUGCUUUGUGCUUGCAUGUUUGCAUCUGUAUGUCUAGUUGGGAGUGUGGUUGCAAUAGUGUGUGUGCGCGUGCGCGCGCACUUGUGUG